UGCUGGGAUUUGGUGUUUCGUUUGGUCUCAUCUCCUCGAUUCUACCGGAGCUUUUGUGGCGCCCUACGUGCGUCGGUGACGUCUGGUCGUAGAUGCAUGGGAUACCUCGGAAGGCUUGCGGGAUCGGCUCGAGGUGGCAUCCCCAUGAGAGCAUGUAAUGGUGAGGCCCCGCAUGUUUGGUGAGCAUGCCUGCCCCCAGCACCGCGGGCAGCAGCCCCAGCGCCAACAGCGCUGGCAGCGCCGGUGGCGGCAACACCAAUGGCCUGGUGGUUUGCAACGAGGCCUGUGGAAUCCGCGAUGUCUGGGCCUCCAACCUCGAGGACGAGUUUCGCGCCAUCAUACGUGUGGUCCAGAAGUACAACUACGUCGCCAUGGACACCGAGUUUCCGGGAGUGGUGGCACGGCCCAUUGGGGAGUUUCGCAGCACAGCAGACUAUCAGUACCAGCUGCUACGCUGCAAUGUGGACCUUCUCAAGAUCAUCCAGUUGGGCCUCACCUUUCUCGACGAACAUGGCAACACCCCCCCAAAUUACUCCACCUGGCAGUUCAACUUCAAGUUCAGUCUCACGGAGGACAUGUAUGCCCAGGAUUCCAUCGACCUGCUUACCAACUCUGGCAUUCAGUUCAAGAAACACGACGAAGAGGGCAUCGAUCCAUACGAGUUUGCUCAGCUGCUCAUGACAUCGGGAGUGGUCCUCUCCGACAAUGUGAAGUGGCUCUCCUUUCAUAGCGGAUACGACUUUGGCUACAUGCUGAAGUUGCUGACGGACCAGAACCUGCCUUCAGAGGAGUCUGAGUUCUUUGAGUUGCUGCGAAUCUACUUUCCGGCCAUCUACGAUGUUAAGUACCUCAUGAAAAGUUGUAAAAAUCUGAAAGGAGGUCUGCAGGAGGUGGCUGAGCAGCUGGAGCUUGAACGGAUUGGGCCACAACACCAGGCGGGUAGUGACAGCUUGCUCACCGGUGCAGCCUUCUUCAAGAUGCGAGAAAUGUUCUUUGAGGACAACAUAGACGACGCCAAGUACUGUGGGCACCUGUACGGUCUUGGUACCUCGUAUGUCAUGAAUGGCAACUCGUACCAUGAUGAGGCAACUCCCAACAACGUGGCUCUGCCUGCGGCCACGAGUGCCGCCCAGCCCACGCCCACUUCCACCAACUCUGCAUCUUGACAUGCCUGCCGCCACUGCAGUGCCCACUCUCCAAAAGCCCAGCUGUGCUGUGCACACUCUGAAUGCACUGUGUGUGUUACUCCCUCUUGUUGCCAUUGGUUUCACUGCGCCUUUUCCACAGUCUCCUUACCACAUGCCUGCCACGUUGGUCGAGCAAAAAGUACCACCCACAGUGUUCCUUGCUUAACAAGAAAAGCUCCAAUCGGGCAAGGUGGCAGAGAGCUGGCUGGCGGAUAGUCCCUUAGAGGAAGUGAGAACUCAUUUUUAUUCUUGUGAACGGCUGGCAGGGCAAAAAUGUUUUUCAUCUUGCUGUGUUCCCACUUCAGUGUGGCUGCAUUGUGGGGAGAAGUGUGCCAGAGAAAUUGUUCCCCUGGUAUUGGUAUGUGGCUACAUAGGACAUUUUAUAUUUUCACCAGAAUGGUUGUUCUACAUGUAGAUUAUGUUAAGUUUUUCUUUAGGUGGCUGUGGGACUAGUAGACAAAUUUACCCAGCAAGUCACUCGUUUGAGGCAAGUGAUGCAUCUUCCCUUUGUGCAUGCAUGCUGUUCACUGUACAGUCCUUUUGAAUUCCUGUCUCAGUUGUGAAAUGUGCGCCACCUAAUGUUGCUCCCAGUGCCUAUAAAUUGGAGGAUUCAUUGAUACCAGAUGAGCUGUACCAUAUUGGGGCAGUCCAGUCUGGUACAGCAUGGUGCACAGUGCAAGAGCUGCAUAUGCACAAAACGUGUUUCAACCUGCUUCCAUGUGGCCCAUAGCACUUAUGGGUGCUAUAAAUCUUGUGUGAGAACUGUCUUAUUGCUUUAGAAGAAUUGUUUCAUUAGGUGGUGUUCACUGGCUGCACACACACAUGCAUUUUUGUUGCGCUGUUAAGGAAGAAAAAGUAUCUUGGCUUUGUGCUGGCCUACAGUGUGCUGUAUCGCCCAUUGAUGGCCACUUAUACAUCAGGUAGUAUUCAUCAUCUGCUCGCACAAGAUUUAGGAAUACAUAAACUAAGUGCACUGUGCCCUUAAUUUGCAGGGUGCUAAGUAUUGCUGGCAACAUGCAAAUACCCUACCAACACCCCUCUGCCUUCUUUUGUUAGGCCAAUUACAAACUGCAUUGUAGCAAGUUUUUCUUUUUUUUUUUUUCACAGAAAAUUUAAAAGGUGCAGAGCAGUGAAAACAAAGCGCUUAUCAGUGCUUUUUUUUUUAAUAUGCUUUUAUUUGCAAAAUGAAAGCCUUGUAUGAAUGUCUCUGCCUUUGUCGACACGCUUGGUAUUGGUAACAUGAACUCCUCUUGGAGACCUUGUUUCUCGUUGAAAUUUUUUACUUUUGGAACAGGAUUCAGUCGCUACCAAUGCAUUAUCUUACUGCUUUACAGAUUUUAGUGAAAUCUCAAGCUUUUAGAGACAUCAUUCAGGAUUUUUUUUUUCUAGACACAUGAUACUUAGCAGAGGUGGAUACUGUGUGCAUUGUAUUGCACUGCGGCACCUUGCUGACAGUGGCAGCUUAUCCUUCAUUUCAGUUCUCUUGUGUACAAUGACCAACGCUGUGUAGAUAUCCAAGCUGGAACUGCCUGUUGUUUUGAAAUUUUUAAGGAUGUGAUUUUACCAUGCUGUGUAAGAUAGCCAGAUGCACAUAAGGCCAUUGCUGCUCUAAACCUGCAUGUCUUCAACGAUAUACUGGUUGUAACAGCGCAAUAUGCUGCAUUGCAUAUUGGUCCAAGCCUCCACUUCUUUUGCCUAUAUGUGUACAAGCUACUGUGUGCUCAUAUCUGGCUGGUCCAGAGUAUGCUGAUUUUUUUUUCUCAUGAUUUUCUGCGACAUAAAAAGGCUUUUUGGAGGUACAACUUCUGGUGCUUACAUACAAGGUGUACAAAGCCUCAAUGAAUAUUCUGAGUGUCUUGUCUACCAGCUGCAUUCUCUCUGCCCCUUUGUGCAGUUUUCUGUGGGAGCCCCUGUACACACACACUAUGACAUUAUUUUGGAGUCUAAACGGCAAUGGCAGCAUUUGGAGAGAGGGUGCCACUGUGGUGCAAUGUCGUUUUUAGUGAAUAUGAUGUAUGUUGUAAAUAAAUGAAAAAAAAAAAUUGUGCAUUAAA